AUGGAAAUGUGCAGCAAUUUCGACGCUUAUGAGCUCCGUCGUCUCACGCGUCGCUUCAAGAAGCUCGACGUCGACGGCUCCGGCUCUCUAUCCGUCGAGGAGUUCAUGUCUCUUCCGGAGCUCCAGCAGAAUCCGUUGGUUCAGCGAGUCAUCGACAUUUUUGAUGAGGAUGGCAAUGGAGAAGUCGAUUUCAGGGAGUUCAUCCAAGGCAUCUCACAGUUCAGUGUGAAGGGCGAUAAGAACACGAAGCUGCGCUUUGCGUUCCGCAUUUACGAUAUGGAUCGCGACGGACAUAUUUCGAAUGGGGAGCUCUUCCAGGUGCUCAAAAUGAUGGUUGGUAACAACUUGAAAGACUCUCAACUCCAACAAAUCGUCGACAAGACAAUCUUGUUCCACGACAAGGACGGCGACGGCAAAAUCUCGUUCCAAGAGUUCUGCGAUGUCGUUGAGCACACCGAGGUGCACAAGAAGAUGGUUCUCGAAAACAUCUAA